AUGGCUGGACCUUUCCAUGUAAACACUCCUCUUCUGGAAAGUACUGGCAUGUCCAAACGACUGGGCACCACUGUAUACCUGAAGAUGGAGAACUCCCAGCCCUCUGGCUCCUUCAAAAUCCGAGGAAUAGGCCACCUCUGCCAAAAACUUGCCAGUCAGUCAAAAGGCGUGGUCUGCUCUUCAGGCGGUAAUGCGGGCAUGGCUGCGGCUUAUGCUGCCAGAAAAAUGGGCGUGCCAGCCAUGAUCGUGGUCCCUUCCUCUACUCCUGAAAUGGUGGUCCGUAAAAUGCAGGAUCAGGGGGCCACGGUUAAGAUUGUAGGCAAGGUUUGGGAUGAUGCCAAUAAAGAAGCCCUUCGUCUGGCAGAAGUGGACGGGUUUACAUAUGUUUCUCCUUUUGAUCAUCCACUUCUCUGGGAGGGCCAUGCCAGUGUGAUGGCAGAGGUGGCCUGCUCCCUGGGGCUGAAGCCGGGAGCCGUGGUGCUGUCGGUGGGAGGAGGGGGGCUGCUGUGUGGGGUGCUGCACGGUCUGAUGACGCUGGGAUGGACAGAUGUGCCGGUGAUCGCCAUGGAGACGAUAGGAGCUCACUGUUUCAACGCUGCAGUGAAAGCCGGAGAACUGGUCACUUUAGACGACAUCACGAGUGAAGCGAAAUGUCUCGGAGCAAAAACAGUUUGUCAGAAGGCCUUUGAAUGCAGCCAGUCCGACCAAUAUAACAUCCUUUCAGAAUUGGUCACAGAUCAGCAGGCUCUGCACGCUAUGGAAACAUUUCUGGAUGAGGAGCGGGUGUUGGUGGAGAUGGCGUGUGGAGCUGCACUUGCUGCUGUCUAUAGUGGACUGAUUAACAGACUACAAACUGAAGGACGACUGCCUGCUCUUCUGGGUCCAGUGGUGGUCAUCGUGUGCGGGGGCAGCGGAGUGGACAUGCAGCAGCUGUCUCAACUCAAGCUCAAACUUCUGUAA